ACACGAUUUAUGAUGAAUGUAAUGGAACCAUGAAGAAGCUUCCAAGAAACCCACGGUUGUCUAAAUAUCUCGUCCAUUUUGCUCCAUCUCCACCGUCUAACCUAAUCUGAACGGUUCAUGUUCUUCCCGCUCAUGGAAAGGAAAGGGCAAUUCGCGUAAAUCAUUCUGAGUCAACGGUCAACUUGUAUGUUUAUUUCGCUUAGUAAGUAAUUAGCAAGACGAUUACUGUUGUUUAGGCUGCUAAUUACGGGGUAGAGGGAGGCACGUGUCGCCCAUCUAAGCCGCCCACUCCGCAACCCUUCUCCGCCUCCGACCUCCAUUUCUCUGUUUCAUUUAGAGGAAGGAGAGAAGAAUUCCAGCUUCCUCGACCUCUCUCUUGCUUCCAUUGCACAGCGAUCCGUUCUGCAUUAUGAAGAUGGAAUACGAAGAGCGAUACCGACAGAUUCAGAGUCCUAAAUAUGAUUGCCUUCUCUUCGGUAAGUCUUCUUGAUCUUUUUGUCCUCCCAAGAUCUUGUUUUGUAGCUUACAGAUUACCAAGGCGAUUAAAGAUGAGGCCUUUCGAGCUUUUCUGAGCACAUAAAUUCCCCAUUGUUUUCGUGCGCGCGUCCAGAUCUUGACGACACGCUCUACCCGUUGAGUUCCGGCAUCGCCGCUGAGUGCCGCAGAAACAUUGGAGAUUAUUUGGUUGAGAAGCUUGGGAUCGAGGACAGCAAGAUAUCGGACUUGUGUAAUCUACUGUACAAGAAUUAUGGGACGACGAUGGCUGGUCUGAGGGUAAUCCGAGAACGCAAGCUGCUCUUCUUUUUUGCUUACGUUUCAUGGCAGACUUUGUUCUUGUGCUUAUGCCGACGUUUUCCUUGUGUUGCUCAGGCCAUCGGCUACAGCUUCGACUAUGACGAUUACCACAGAUUCGUUCAUGGAAGAUUGCCAUACGAGAAUCUAAAGGCCGAUCCUGUGCUCGGGUCACUCCUCCUGAGUCUUCCGCUUCGCAAAGUCGUAUUCACGAAUGCCGACAAAGCGCACGCUGCCAAAGUGCUGAAGAAGCUGGGAUUGGAAGACUGUUUCGAAGGAAUCAUAUGCUUCGAGACUCUGAACCCACCGACCUCUUCCCGUGGAACGGAAACCUCAAGCGAAGUCUUCGACAUCGUCGACCACUUCGCUCGUCCUGACGCCGGAGUUGCACUGCCGAGGACACCGGUGCUGUGCAAGCCAUCGCCGGACGCCAUGGAGCGCGCUCUCAGCAUCGCCAACAUCGACCCCCACAGAACAGUUUUCUUCGAUGACAGCGUGCGGAACAUUCGGGCGGGUAAACGCAUCGGUCUGCACACUGUGCUGGUGGGCACUCGGCAUAGAGUCAAAGGGGCUGAUCACGCUCUGGAGAGCAUCCACAACAUGAGGGAAGCAUUGCCUGAGCUGUGGGAGGAGGCUGAGAAAUCAGACAGCAUUCGGUACUCGGGCAAGGUUGCAAUGGAGACAUCGGUGAAAGCUUAGUUCAUCAUCAUCAUCAUGAUCAUCUUCCUCUGGAGUUCAUGUGUACCUUGCACAAUUUGUAGCUCAGCUGUGUAGAACGAGUACCCAGAAAUAAAAACUUCUACACCUCCUUUCUGUCUA